AUGACUCGAGAUAGAUUCUUCAUGAUCCGAUCUGCCAUUCAUGUUGUUAAUGAUACUGAUGUUACAGCUGAAAACAAAGCAAACGAUAAGCUUUGGAAAGUAAGGCCAGUGAUCGACAAGUUUCGAGAAACCGUAUUAAAAAUUCCGAGACAAAAGGAAGCAAGUAUUGAUGAACAGAUGAUACCUUUCACAGGGCAUGUCGUCUUUCGACAGUUCGUGCCAAGGAAACCCAACCCGACUGGUUUAAAAAACUACGUUCUAUCAUCAAAGAAUGGUUUGAUUUUGGAUUUUGAGGUAUACCAAGGGAAAGUAACAACAAGGCUUCCGGCAGAAAUCAAUGCACAGUUGAGGCUAGGGACCGGUGGCCGUGCAGUCAUGAGAUUAAGUGAAACUUGCCUCCCCGGUACAAAUCUUUACUUUGACCGGUACUUUACUGGCUUAGCAUUACUUGAAGCUUUGAGAGCCAAAGGGAUCUCAGGAACUGGCACAACAAUGAAAAACAGGCUCCCAAACAUCAACUUCAAAUCAGACGCUGAACUCUCUGCUGAAGGAAGAGGUUCAUGUGACAUAAAAAUACGAGAUGAUGAAAAAGUUCUUGCUUUGAAAUGGGUAGACAAUAAAGUAAUAACAUUAGCCUCAACUCGACAUGGUGCAGAACCAUUCACUCCAGCAAGAAGAUACUCCAGGGCUGACAGAGAAUACAUACAAAUACAAAUGCCCGAAAUUGUUAGCCAGUACAAUCUCAACAUGGGUGGGGUGGACUUACACAAUAGGAUGUUAGCUCACUACCGGUCCUACCACAGAACUAACAAGUGGCCUGUACGCUUCAUGGAGCACUUUUUGGACAUGGCAUGUGUCAAUAGUUGGAUAACUUACAAGGAUGACCAACAAGCUAGACACACUCCGAAAAAAGAUGUAAUGGACAUGCAUUUUUUCAAAAUGCGCCUUUCACAGCUUCUAAUUCUUGGUGUAGACCCAUCUGCAGAUACGAAAGACUCAGAUGACGAGCAACCUCCUCGUAAAAAGCUCGCAGGCCGGCCUGGAAAUGUGUCACUACCUCCUCGAGAAGUUCGAAUCAAACAGGCACUGCAUCUUCCUCAGGCGAUGGAUCUUUCUUCGGCCCCGCGUUGCAGGAAUCCAGGCUGUAAGGCUAGGUCAAGAAUCAAGUGUCUUCGUUGUCAAGUUUUCCUCUGUGUUUCAAAAGAGAGAAAUUGCUUUAUAGAAUUUCAUAGAAAUGGUUAA